AGAAUACCGAUUCAGCACUCAAUUGAAACUAUAUUAAGUAGCAAGUAAAAAUGAAGAUUGAACAAAGUUACAAAACACCUCGUCUAAUGCCCAUGUCAUAUUCACUUCCAUAUUGCAUUUCAGAAACAGAAAUAGCCAAACACUUGACCUCCAAAAUUGCCUGAAACCCCUUUGUCUCACAAGAUUAUGGAUUUCAAGCUUCUACAGAUGGUUCUACUCGUAAUGUUCUUACGCUCAUACGCUGUAGCAGAAGACCAAAACCAGAAAGCAAAACAGACUUUCAUAGUUCGCAUGGACAAGACCAGCAUGCCGUCAAAUUUCAAUGAGCACUCUGAGUGGUAUUCCGCAUCUUUGAAAUCAGUAUCGGACGCGGCGGGUAUGCUUUACACUUACAACAAUUUAAUCCAUGGCUUCUCCACAAGACUUACCGCCAAGGAAGCUGAGUCACUCGGAAAGCAACCAGGAAUCAUCUCUCUCCUGCCUGAAGUGAGAUAUGAGCUUCACACAACUCGGACGCCAGCGUUCCUUGGAUUAGAUAAAAACGAGGCUGUCCUCCCCACACCCAACCAAGUGAGCGACGUGAUUGUCGGAGUAUUCGACACGGGUGUAUGGCCCGAGAUAGAGAGCUUUGACGACACGGGGCUUGGGCCUGCACCGAGUGGCUGGAAAGGUGAAUGUCAAGUGGGUACGAACUUUAAUUUAUCAAACUGUAACAACAAACUUAUUGGCGCAAGGUUUUUCUCUAAUGGAUAUGAACAAGCGAACGGAAAGAUUGACACAAGGACGGAAUCAAAAUCACCUAGGGACGAUGAUGGCCAUGGAACUCACACCUCAACAACAGCGGCCGGAUCACCCGUUGCAGGAGCUGACCUCUUUGGCUAUGCUUCUGGGACCGCUCGUGGUAUGGCCACACAUGCCCGAAUCGCCAUGUACAAGGUUUGCUGGUUUGGUGGAUGUUUCAGCUCAGAUAUUUUGGCUGCAAUGGAGAAGGCCACUGAAGAUGGGGUCCAUGUUAUCUCCAUGUCUAUUGGGGGAGGAAUAUCCGAUUACUCCAAAGACGUUAUUGCUACAGCAACUUUCAAUGCAGUAGCCCAGGGUAUCCUUGUAUCGUGCUCGGCAGGGAAUAGUGGACCCAGUCCGGGAACUUUAACUAACGUAGCGCCUUGGCUAAUCACCGUGGGUGCUGGAACCUUGGACCGUGAUUUUCCCACCGAUGUUAGCCUUGGAAACGGAAAGAGUUACACCGGUACAUCACUCUAUGCCGGGAAACCGUUGCCUGAUUCUCAAGUACCGCUUGUUUACGCUCGAAGUGUAAGUAACGAGUCGUAUGGUCGUAUGUGCUUGAUUGGCACUCUGAAUCCUGCAAAAGUUGCUGGGAAGAUUGUGGUAUGUGAUAGAGGAUCGAGUGCCCGGGUCGAAAAGGGUGAGGUGGUUAAAAAAGCUGGCGGCGUAGGGAUGAUAUUAGCUAACACAGGUUCUUAUGGGGAGGAGCUAGUAGCCGAUGCACAUAUUUUGCCUACAGCAGCUGUUGGGCAGAAAACAGGCGAUGCCAUAAAGAACUAUAUUCUCUCAGCUCCCAAUCCCACGGCUAUAGUUGGAAACGCAGUGACAAAACUAGGAGUUCAACCAUCACCGGUGAUUGCAGCAUUCAGUUCUAGAGGUCCAAAUCCGCUAACUCCAGAAAUACUCAAGCCGGAUGUUAUAGCACCAGGAGUCAAUAUCCUAGCUGGGUGGACAGGUGCGAAUGGACCAACAGGGUUAGACGAUGAUGCCAGGCGUGUAAGCUUCAACGUCAUUUCUGGUACAUCCAUGUCCUGCCCCCAUGUCAGCGGCUUAGCCGCACUCCUCAAGGCUGCUCACCCGGAAUGGAGCCCUGCAGCUAUAAAGUCCGCCCUCAUGACCACGGCUUACACUGCAUACAAAAAUGAGGAAACCAUACUGGAUGUUUCUUCUGGAAAAGCAUCAACACCUUUUGAUUACGGUGCUGGACAUGUGAAUCCAGUGGCUGCUCUUGAUCCCGGCCUUGUAUAUGACGUCAUGGUAGCCGACUACCUGGACUUCUUGUGCGCCUUGAACUAUAGCUCAAGUAAGAUCAAGCAAGCCACAAACAGAGACUUCACCUGUGAUUCCAGCAAGCAAUACAGCAAAAAUGACUUGAAUUACCCAUCUUUUGUUGUUCCACUGGAGACAGCUUCAGGCAAAGGGGGCGGCAUUGGGGUGUCAACCACCAUUAAAUACACCAGAUCUCUGACUAAUGUGGGCGCACCAGCGACAUAUAAGGUCAUCGUGUCUUCACAAGAUCCCUCUGCGAAGAUCGUGGUGGAGCCUGAAUCGCUGGUUUUCGACAAACACUAUGAGAAGAAGAGUUAUACAGUGACAUUCAUUGCCACUUCCAUGCCUUCUGGCUCAACCAGCUUCGCUCGUUUGGAAUGGUCGGAUGGGACUCAUUUCGUUCGCAGCCCGGUCGCGUUCAUCUGGACAUAAAUAAUAACAGGCUCCGAACUCUGAAGUGCCACCAAGGUCUAGCUGCUCCCUUUAUGUUUUUAUAAUGAAUUUAUUUGUCUCGUACAUAUUCCAGCAACCGAGCAAUGGGGGCCGGUUGCGGGUCAAAUCCAAGGAAAAUAAUUGCAAAGCAAAUCAUGUAAAAUUGAAUUCCAUAUAAUCUCUCAUGUUGUCUGUAAUGGCUCCAUAAUUAAAGAAAAUAAAAAAGGGAUUGGUUUCGCAGCUUUUCUUCGAUUUUUAUAGUACAAAGUUUGAACAGGGAAGCGGGAGCUGCUAUUUCGCUCAAAGUCAAUUAUUUCUGAGUCGCAACAAAACCAAUACUGGCAGUAGGGUGCAAUUGCAUAGAGUCCUUAGGAAUUAAAUAGGGGAAACCCAACUGAAAUUUUUUCGUCUGGUUUUCGAGGCUAAAGAAGUUCUAGAUUGGUGGUGGCUUGCUAUUUGUAAUACUUGUGCUCUCUAACUGUAUAGCAACAAACUGAUUGCAUGCUUCGUUCCCCCACAAUGGAAAUCAUGGACCCUUCCAUUCUGUGACUACAACUCUCAAGUAUUGUAAAUUAAAUAUGAGCAAAUUUCAGCAAACUUGUAAUAUAAUUUCAUAUGCUAUAUAACUUUAUAUUGCAAUUUUGUAGUAGUCUCAUUCUCAAAUUCGAGCAGAAAACCAAUGCCUAUACAGUUUUUUCCGUGAGCACAACUGAAUGAAAGAAGAUCUUAUAUCAUUCCUGGUCUUUUAUUAUGAUGGAAUUCAACAGUUAAUGACAAAACAUAUUCAAGAGUAGGGGGGGCCACUUGCUCCUGCUAAUUGCAGUUGUCUAUUUUAUGCCCUUUAAAGAAACCAAGGAAUUAUAUGGACUUUCCUUUCCUUUCCUUUUCUUUUUUUGGAAUUAAAAUCAUCCUCUCAAUUCAUACGUUUAGAUAAAAAGGAACUUCGGAAGAAACUUGCAGUUAUCUAAGCAAAUCAUCGGCAUUAAUUACUAUCAAGAAUUUCUCCUAAAGGUAAAUUGCCCCAUAAAGCUGAUUGAUAUGCAAAGAUGACCAUCCAUCCAAUUAAAUUUCACACGAAAUUUGGAACUAGUCUCCUGUUUCUGUACAACUUUUAGCAAUUGCAUGGUCACAAAAACAAAUCCAAAUGAAUGUACUGAUCACAUUUCCACUACACUUGCACGUCCCUAAUACAUUCUUGAACCCAUGGUUUCAAGUUUCAUUGCUACGAUAGGCUUAAUGAAGUGAAAAUAUGAUGCAACAUAUAAUCCAAAAUGAAGAACAUUUUAUAAUGAGUUUUAACAAUUAUGCAUCCUAACUCUAAAAGCUCAUAAACCAUUGGAUAAUGCAAGAAUUAGACUAUACUGACUUUUGACAUGUUAGAAGCACUUCCCAAAAUAUCUUUAAAAAAAACAUCAAUCAUCAUUCAGAAUUCCCUAUUGACUGAAAAAUAGGAAGGUAAUAGGUAUCAAGCUGCCAAUUUUAUGUUUCACACCUUCCCAAACUUCUUCUCCUAAGCAACCUUUAACAGGCAAUGGUAUUAACUGGGUGGAAUGGUUCAAAUUCUUAAGUUCCAGAGAAACUAAAUACAGUAGACAACAUGUAAUAAUGCAUUACCUCCGCAAAGGUCAUUGAAGAAUAUGAGU